ACCUAAAAAUCGCAGCCGGCCGCGAGACGUUUCUGUCGGGCGAGCCGCCUGCUCUGGGUCCUUUCCCCCGCCCCUCCUCCUCCAUCUUCUUCCCCCUCCCACCCCUGCUGCUGCUUCUUCUUUCCUGCGCCCUCCCGCCCCGCCUCCUGCCUGCCCGCUCCCGGAGCCGCUUUUCGCCGCCGCAGUUCACUUCCCGCGUUGAGGUGACGUGGGCGGCAGGGAGGCUGGCCUCGCAGCGACAGCGGCGCAAGAUGGCGGCCACCACGGGCUCGGGAGUAAAAGUUCCUCGUAAUUUUCGACUGUUGGAAGAACUUGAAGAAGGUCAGAAAGGAGUAGGAGAUGGGACAGUUAGCUGGGGUCUUGAAGAUGACGAAGAUAUGACACUUACAAGAUGGACAGGCAUGAUUAUUGGGCCUCCAAGAACAAUUUACGAAAACAGAAUAUACAGCCUUAAAAUAGAAUGUGGGCCUAAAUAUCCGGAAGCACCUCCAUUUGUAAGAUUUGUAACAAAAAUUAAUAUGAAUGGAGUAAAUAGUUCUAAUGGAGUGGUGGAUCCCAGAGCCAUAUCAGUCCUAGCAAAAUGGCAGAAUUCUUAUAGUAUCAAAGGUGUUCUGCAAGAGCUCCGGCGUCUAUUGAUGUCUAAAGAAAAUAUGAAACUCCCUCAACCACCUGAAGGACAAUGUUACAGUAAUUAAUGGAAACAAACAGGAAAAAAAAAUCAUGCCCCUUCAUUCAAUUUAAGCUCUCUUCAUUUCCACAGUAGUAAAUUUUCUAGAUGCAUCUUGUAGACCUCCAAGUACUGGAAAGGAAGUUCCCAUGCAAAGGAAAGUCUAUCUUGAGAUACCGUAAAUGAUACUAAUUUUUUUCCCCCAUUUGAAAAUAAGUUGUGCUAUAACAAAUAAUGCUGUCAUGUGUAACCACUGUCCACGUAGUUCAACUUCUGGUAUCAAGGAAAGUUUAUUUAAAUUUAUUACUGUCAAGACCAGUGUGGCACAUUGAACUCAACUGUGAAAAAGCAUAAAGCAUACAUCACAUAAUCGCAUUGCUGUGUGUUUGGCCUGGGUUUAUAUCCCCCCACCCACCCCACUUUCCUGUCUGUCUGUGUCUGUCUGUUUGCAAUAGAGUUGAUGCUCAGGGCUAUUUAUUAGAGUAGACAUGAAGGGUGCAAUCCACUGCGAAGUUCUCCUGCACAGGUCCCUUGAUAAUAAUUGGGACUCUGCAAGAACAUAUUUGUGCUCUUACAUAGCUCUUGCUCAUUGCAAUAGGGUUUGUUCAAGAGAACUUGCCAAUGGAUUUGUGCCCAAAGGUUUCAAUUCCCAGUUCUAAGCUGGAUUGUAUGGACUACUAGUGGGAUGUGUUGGUAUCCUCAGUCAUCCCUCCCUUUGUGCAGGCUCUAGUGAAAUGCUGAAUGUCUCUGGGGUUGGUUUUUGUUCUCUGUUUUUAAAUAAUGCCCUAGUAAUUUCGGGGCAGGCUCUUCUUUCACCCCAUAACCUUUUGCUAAGGCAUUGAUUGUAUUUCUGCACCACCCCUUCCCCAAUAAUGUGGGCCUUGGGAUGAGAGAUCUGGGACUCUUUCAGUCUUCCCUCUCUCCUUUCUGUCAUAGUUGGGGUGCUGCUUUCUAUUACCCCUUUCUGUGAUGCUUUCCUUUAUCCCUGGCCAAAAGAGGUAAGUAACUGGCAAACUGCCUCAUGCUUGUCAACUUUUUUUUUUGUCUGUCUGUUUUGGCUCUGGAUUGAGUCUUCACCAGCCUGGGAAAACAAGAGUGUCUGUUUUGCUCGCAAGCAUCCUUCCCUUUCUGCCCUGUGGUGCUGCUUCCACACCGCCAAGCUGACCAUGGCUGAUGUCAUUAGAUAGGCUUUUGAUUUGGUGAAAAGAGCAGUAAUUUACCAGGAUUGCUUAAGCCUGCUAAGACUGGCCAAAUGCGAUCGCAGAAAGAUCUCUCUAUAGACAUCUUGAAAUCAAACACUCCAGCUCUCCCAGCUGAAAGCCACUACCUCCGCUUGAGCGCCAUGUUAGCCAUUUCUCGGUAUGUGUAACUUUUGGCCCUGUGACAGCCUGCCAACAUAGCGAAGAAGCUGACUCUGGAGAGGAGAUUCUGUUGGAGAGAGGAGGACUUCAUCAAGAAUGGGGUGGCAAUGCCACAUGUUGUGGGGUUAGGGACCCCGACUGGCAGUGCUUCCUGGCAAAUCACUUCCUUUUCGGACUUCUUGUUUUGGACCACUGACUGCUGAAAUGUGGAUGCAAGCUUAAAUGCAAACAAUCUAGUGUGUCCUCAAGUUUUAUGAAAUAAAAAUUCAGUGUUUGUGUAAAAAAAAAAAAGUCACAUUUAAAAGCAGCGGCUAUCAAGUCAAUGAAUAAUUGAUGUUUCCAUUAACUUUUGAGGAAAAUAUUAGUUGUAAGGAUUUAACAUCCUCUGUAAUUAAAAAUUUAACAUAACAGUAUUCCAUAAGCAGCCUUUUUAUUGUAUCAGACCAUUGCCUGAUUUUAAUAUAAUAAAAAGUGUGCAUUAAUAUUA